GUAUCAACGUUAUUGUGAUAGUCUGUUUUCAAUCUAAAAUAAUAGUUUAAUUAAGUGUUAUUAAUAUUAUAGUGCUUGUAAAUACUAGCAUAAGCCGUAAUAGUGUGAAUCUCAUUGCUUCUAGCGAAUAGUGGCCAUUUUACGAUAAAUAUCUAUGGAUGGUGAACAUCACUGGUAUGACGACGAACGACUAUACCACUCACGAGACAGCGAUGAAAGUCCCAUCUUGUCCCACAGAUAUGACAAAUCCCGCCGUAUUUCCCCAUACUCCUCGCCGAAGAUCGAGGAUCGGGAGAGACGGUCCACCCUGACACUGCUGGCCAAGUUCUUUCUCUUCUGCACAGCCAUGAUACUCUUCUGUGUCCUUCUGUAUAUACCUGUAUAUAUUAAGGCUAAUGAUCAAAUUUCUAAAGCUACAGUCGCGGGCUGGUCGAUGCACACAAACCGUGACACGAAGGUGUACAUACAACCGAACAACGUGACCACAAUACACGCCCCCACACACAUAUGCACGAAGAAACAGAAAGACAAACUGUUCCUACUCAUAGUGGUCUGCUCAGCCACCGUCCACUUUGACAGGAGACAGACCAUAAGAGAAACCUGGGGGAAUUACUCCACGUAUAGAGAAAUGACCAAGUUGUAUAAAGCUGUUAAGCAAAAAUACGCGAACUACAAUUAUAGUUACGACCUUUAUACGGAGACUUAUGUCAAUAGGGCAUACUCUAGAGUUAAACGGUACAUAUCUAGCUUUAAUCAGCUCCUACCAGGACUGGCUAAAGCGUUACAAGACAACCUGGUUAAUGAGAAGACUGACGAACAAGUACCUGAAGAGAAAAGGUUCGAAGAUGACGUAAUGUUGCCAGAAUUUGAUAUGAAUGAACAAUUAGGCGAUCAAACUGAAGCAACGUAUGAUUAUUACGAUACAAAUGUUAUGAGAAUCCCUCCUAGAGGUUACGAAAAAUCGCCUGAUUUAGAAAAAGUAUUGACAUUAUUAAAAUUAAAUAAGAAUUUUCGGAAAAUGAAAGAGGAGAACGCUGAUUUUGGCAACACCGAUGUGGAUUAUAAGGUUGUGUUUUUGUUGGGGUUGCCAGCUAAUGAUAAUGAUUCGUUAAUCCAGAAUAAGAUUGAAGAGGAGGUGCAGAAGUAUGGAGAUAUCAUACAGGAGAGGUUUAUAGACUCUUACAGUAACUUGACACUGAAAUCUAUAAUGCUGCUGAAGUGGAUCACCAGUAACUGUAAUAAUAGUGUUCGCUACAUAUUAAAGUCAGAUGAUGACAUGUACAUCAACGUGCCGAAUCUUAUGGAUAUUUUGAAAAAUAAAUCGCAGGAGUUUGACGCAAAGUACAAGAUUCAGAAUUCCAAGGAAUACCUACUUACGGGACACCUAAUACGUGGAGCUAGACCUAUUCUAGAUUCUAGUAAUAAAUGGUACAGUCCUAAGUACAUGUACGCUGGUAGGGUGUACCCCAAGUACCUGUCUGGUACGGCAUACGCGUUUUCAUAUGACGCUGCCAACGCCCUCUACCGUGCUGCACUCAGGACUAGUUAUUUCCAUCUUGAAGACAUCUUUAUUACUGGUAUGUGCGCAGCCCGCGCACGUCCGCGCCUGAUCCCCAGCAACGACUCCAGCUUCUCGUACCAGGCGGGCAGUGAUUGGGUCAACUGUAACUGUCAUGCGUACGCGCACGCCACGGAACAUCGCAUCCCAUUGGAGAACUUGCGCAAAUUGCACCAACAGCUGCAAAAACCUGAUCUACUUGAUACAUGCGAACGAAUUCGACUGACUCAGAUUAAGGAAAGCCAACGUAACCGUUCUAUGAUUUAUAAGUUUUUAAACAAACUAACAAAAAAACCUACUCUCGAGUGUUGGAAAAAUGAAACUCCUGAAAGUUGAUAUUUAUUCAGAAAAAUUAGUUGGAUAAGUCGAUACUUUUUUUAUUUAUUUUUUAUUUUUUCUUAGUUGGUAGUUGCUCAAUUUUCGAUUUUUUUUUUGUUUUUUUUUUAUAUUAAAGUACACAAUGAGUUUAUAGUGUCGUUGUAAAGUUCAUAUUUGUCAAUUAAAUUAGGAUCAAUGCAAUUUAUGCUUUAAUAAGAACGCAAUAUGUUAUAAAUUACAAUGACACACGAAAUUACAUUAUAUUUAUGUAAACAAUUGCCAUCUUAUGAACAAAAGCUGAAAAAUGAGAAAGGAAUUGAAUGGAAUUAUUUAUUUCUAUAUAGAUUUACCGUUAAAGUAGUAAACUUUAUUUUAAUUA